GCAUAAAAUAUUCUAUACAUCACAAACUCUUGUUUAGAGUUUCCCUCUAUUUUUCUCCUCCGCUAUCAACGCUCUCUCUUCUUUUAUUUUGUUUUUCUGAUUUAUUUUUUGCUUCAUACGAAAAUGAGACCAUGACGACGCCACCACCGCCACAGCCACAGCCACAGUCACAGCCACCGCCACCGCCACCGCCACAGCCACAGCCACAGCCACCGCCAUCGCCAUCGCCGCCGUCGCCGCGCAAAACCGUUAGAAAGCUUGUUGUCGAAGUUGCCGAUGCUCGCAACCUUCUUCCCAAAGAUGGCCAAGGAAGCUCUAGUCCUUACGUCGUCGCCGAUUUUGAUGGCCAGAGGAAGCGUACCGCCACUAAGUUUCGCGAGCUCAAUCCCGUCUGGAACGAGCCGCUCGAAUUCAUCGUCUCCGAUCCUGAUAAUAUGGACUACGAGGAGCUCGAUAUUGAAAUUUUCAACGAUAAGAGGUACGGCAAUGGCAGUGGCCGGAAGAAUCACUUCUUGGGGAGGGUGAAGCUGUACGGAAGCCAGUUUGCGAAGAGAGGGGAUGAAGGUUUGGUUUACUAUCAAUUGGAGAAGAAGAGCGUCUUCAGCUGGAUUAGAGGCGAAAUUGGACUUAGGAUCUGUUACUACGAUGAGUUAGUCGAAGAAGCUCCGCCGCCGCCUCCGCCGCAGGAGGAGCAACCGCCUCCUCCAACUGUUACUGAGAAGCCUAAAACUCCGGAGGCUGUGGUCGAGGAAGUGAGGACGUUCGAGCUUCCGCCGCAGGGGGAGGUUGGUCGCGACGAUUCGAACUCGCCGCCGGUGGUGGUUAUCGAGGAGUCGCCGCGGCAGGAGAUGCCGGUACAUUCUGAGCCACCACCGGGGGAGGUACAUGGUCCUCCGCCAGCAGAGGGGCAAUUUGCACCGGAAAUGAGAAGGAUGCAGAGUAACAAAGCAGCAGGAUUUGGGGAAGGGAUUAGGGUUUUGAGAAGGCCGAAUGGCGAUUACUCUCCGAGAGUAAUCAAUAAGAAAUUCACGGCCGAGACGGAGAGGAUUCAUCCAUACGAUCUUGUGGAACCGAUGCAGUAUCUCUUCAUCCGUAUUGUGAAAGCCAGAAACCUCGCUCCUAACGAGCGCCCUUACUUACAGAUUCGCACAUCAGGCCAUUUCGUGAAAUCGGAUCCAGCUAGUCAUCGCCCUGGUGAACCGACUGAAUCGCCAGAAUGGAACCGUGUCUUUGCCCUCCGCCAUAACAGACCUGAUAUGGCAAAUACGACGUUGGAGAUUGCCGUAUGGGAUACGCCAUCAGAGCAGUUCCUCGGCGGCGUUUGCUUUGAUCUUUCCGAUGUACCAGUACGAGAUCCACCCGAUAGCCCACUGGCUCCUCAGUGGUACCGCCUCGAAGGUGGUGCCGGAGAUCAACAACCCUCUAAAAUUUCCGGCGACAUUCAGCUUUCUGUUUGGAUCGGAACUCAAGCUGACGACGCAUUUUCGGAAGCUUGGUGCUCGGAUGCGCCACACGUGGCUCAUACACGCUCGAAGGUUUAUCAAUCUCCCAAGUUAUGGUACUUGAGAGUUUCAGUGAUAGAAGCGCAGGACCUUCACAUCGCUUCAAAUCUGCCUCCAUUAACGGCACCAGAGAUUCGAGUCAAAGCACAGCUGAGUUUUCAGUCGGCUCGAACCAGGCGAGGUUCCAUGAACAACCACAGCGCCUCAUUUCACUGGAACGAGGACCUCGUCUUCGUCGCCGGUGAGCCUCUUGAAGAUUCCCUAAUCUUACUUGUCGAAGACCGAACAAGCAAGGAGGCCGUACUCCUCGGCCAUGUCAUGAUUCCAGUGGACACAGUUGAACAGCGGUUCGAUGAGCGGUAUGUAGCAGCGAAAUGGUUCUCAUUAGAAGGCGGCAAUGGUGGUGAAACAUACAGUGGCAGAAUUUAUCUCCGCCUCUGUUUGGAGGGCGGAUAUCACGUGUUAGACGAGGCGGCGCACGUGUGCAGCGAUUUCCGGCCGACGGCAAAGCAGCUGUGGAAGCCGGCUGUUGGAAUUCUGGAGCUCGGGAUUCUCGGAGCACGAGGUUUGCUUCCGAUGAAGACGAAGGAUCCGGGAAAGGGGUCCACCGACGCUUACUGUGUCGCGAAGUACGGGAAAAAGUGGGUCCGAACCAGAACGAUGACGGACAGCUUUGAUCCACGUUGGAACGAACAGUACACGUGGCAGGUCUAUGACCCUUGCACUGUUCUCACCAUCGGCGUCUUCGACAACUGGCGAAUGUACUCGGACGCGGCGGAGGACAAGCCCGAUUACCACAUUGGAAAAGUAAGGAUUCGGGUGUCAACUCUCGAGAGCAACAAAAUCUAUACAAACUCGUACCCUCUGUUGGUGUUGCAGAGAACAGGGUUGAAGAAAAUGGGGGAAAUCGAGCUGGCCAUCCGGUUCGCUUGUCCAGCAUUGUUGCCGGAUACAUGUGCAGUUUACGGCCAACCAUUACUUCCAAGAAUGCAUUAUCUCCGUCCUCUUGGGGUGGCUCAACAGGAGGCUUUACGCAGAGCCGCCACGAAGAUGGUGGCAACUUGGCUAGGCCGGUCCGAGCCACCAUUGGGCUCGGAGGUGGUUCGAUACAUGUUGGAUGCAGAUUCACACGCUUGGAGUAUGAGAAAAAGCAAGGCGAAUUGGUUUAGGAUUGUAGCAGUUUUGGCAUGGGCGGUUGGAUUGGCCAAAUGGUUGGAUGAUAUCCGAAGAUGGAGGAACCCCAUCACCACAAUGCUUGUUCAUAUACUGUAUUUAGUGCUCGUUUGGUACCCGGAUUUGAUUGUCCCAACAGGGUUUCUAUAUGUGUUCUUAAUCGGAGUUUGGUACUAUCGGUUCAGGCCGAAGAUACCUGCGGGAAUGGACACACGGUUGUCGCACGCUGAGGCGGUGGAUCCAGACGAACUAGAUGAGGAAUUCGACACAAUUCCGAGCUCAAAGCCACCAGACAUAAUCCGGGUAAGGUACGAUCGGCUAAGGAUACUAGCUGCUAGAGUCCAAACAGUGUUGGGGGAUCUUGCGACUCAAGGGGAGAGGGUACAAGCGUUGGUUAGCUGGAGGGACCCUCGAGCCACAAAGUUGUUCAUUGGAGUAUGUUUCGCCAUCACAUUGAUCCUCUAUGCCGUGCCACCAAAAAUGGUGGCGGUUGCACUUGGGUUCUACUACUUGCGCCACCCCAUGUUCCGGGAUCCUAUGCCGUCAGCAAGUCUGAACUUUUUCCGACGACUUCCGAGCCUAUCAGACCGGUUAAUGUAGGGUUAGAAUAGUAAAUGAAGUAUUAAAAAGUGUAUUUUUUUCCCACCCCUUUUGUGGGGUUUUCCAUAAUUAGAACCCCAAAUUGAUGGGGUGAUUGAGUUGGUUAUUUGGUGGCCAGUAGGGACGAAAAAAGAACAAAAAAAAAAAAAAGGUUCAACUGGUUAAGUUGAAAAAGAUGUCCCAAAAAUAACAUGGUAAAGUGUGAAAAGGGAGCUGAGAAAAAAGUAACAAGCUGUCAUCAUGUUCUUUUGUUCUUGGAGUUAUAAUUCGAUUGACUAACACUAUUUCAGAUUUUGAAUAAGAGAGAAAUGGUGGGAAAAAUAUAGAGUAUUUGAUUGGGAAGCAGCUGAGUUUGCUGUAAUUGUGUCUUGAAAAGUUAGAACAUCACAAAUGAUAUCCUAACAUUAUCAGAUUUUCUUCUACUGUUGGUAGGCUUUGAAAAAGAUUCAGAAUAAUACAGAGCUUUCCUUUUCUUU